ACUACUAAUCCCAUGCGACAUUUGAAAAGCACGUGCCGUUUAAAUACUGAGUUUCCUUUUCAAAACAUUUGUCUCAGCAGAUUGUCGGGUUUUGUUUGCUUUGGUGAUGAGGGUUUAUCAUGGAUGAGGACAGUAAACCGUUACUAGGAUCAGUGCGAGCUGGGGAGUAUUACACAGAUUCACUGGACCCCAAGCAAAGAAGGCCGUUUCAUGUGGAGCCCAGAAACAUAGUGGGAGAUGUUCAGGAGCGGGUGUCUGCUGAAGCUGCGGCUCUGAGCAGCAGAGUUCAUUACUACGGCCGACUGACAGCCUCUUCAGACCGACUGCUGGUACCUCCAGAUCAUGUGAUUCCUUCUCCUGAGGACAUCUAUGUCUACAGUCCACUGGGAACAGCGUUCAAAGUGCAGGGGGGCGACAGUACAGCCAAAAACCCCAGCAUUGUCACAAUCUUCGCCAUAUGGAACACCAUGAUGGGAACUUCUAUAUUAAGUAUGCCUUGGGGAAUAAAACAAGCUGGCUUCACUCUAGGCAUCAUCAUUAUUGUUCUUAUGGGCUUGCUGACGCUCUACUGCUGCUACAGAGUAUUAAAGUCCACAAAGUCCAUACCGCAUGUAGACACCUCAGACUGGGAGUUUCCUGAUGUGUGUAAAUAUUACUUUGGUGGAUUCGGAAAGUGGUCGAGUCUUGUUUUCUCACUGGUGUCACUGAUCGGUGCGAUGGUGGUCUACUGGGUCCUCAUGUCCAACUUCCUGUUCAACACAGGAAAAUUCAUUUACAACUAUGUUCACAAUGUCAGCACAUCAGAUGCUUUUGGCACGAAUGGAACAGAUAGAGUGAUAUGUCCAUAUCCAAAUUUGGAUCCAGACGGAGACAGCAGCACUCUCCAAUACUAUGCGGGAGAGAACAGCACAGGACCGGUGUUUGAUCGCUGGUGGAGUAAAACCAACACCAUCCCGUUUUACCUCAUUGUUCUGCUGCUGCCGCUGCUCAAUUUCCGCUCCGCGUCCUUCUUCGCCAGGUUCACCUUCCUCGGCACCUUGUCGGUGGUUUAUCUCAUCUUUUUGGUCACAUAUAAAGCCAUUCGCCUGGGCUUUCACCUGGACUUCCACUGGUUUGAUUCAUCAACGUUUUUUGUUCCAGAGUUCAGAUCGCUGUUUCCUCAGCUGAGUGGGGUUCUCACACUAGCGUUUUUCAUUCACAACUGCAUCAUCACGCUUAUGAAGAACAACAAACAUCAGGAAAACAACGUGCGGGAUCUGUCGUUGGCGUACCUGCUGGUGGGGUUAACGUACCUCUAUGUGGGUGUGCUGAUCUUUGCUGUUUUCCCAUCACCACCGCUGUCUAAAGAGUGCAUUGAACCAAACUUUCUGGAUAACUUCCCCAGCAGCGAUGUGCUGGUGUUUGUAGCAAGGGCUUGUCUUCUGUUCCAGAUGACCUCCGUGUAUCCUCUGCUGGGGUACCUGGUGCGCGUGCAGCUGAUGGGGCAGCUCUUUGGGGACCAUUAUCCAGGUUUCCUUCAUGUGUUUAUUCUGAACAUCCUUGUUGUGGGAGCUGGAGUCCUAAUGGCCAGGUUUUACCCCAACAUCGGCUCCAUCAUCAGGUAUUCGGGGGCCCUAUGUGGCUUGGCUCUGGUGUUUGUGCUUCCCUCUCUGAUCCACCUGACCUCACUGAACCGCAGAGGUGAGUUACGCUGGCCCUCCGCCGUCUUCCACGGCUUCCUCGUCCUCCUCGGCGUGGCCAAUCUGUUCGGCCAGUUCUUCAUGUAGCACACUGUGCCUUAAAUGAACCGCACACGUCUGCGUUUACCUGAUGGAAGAGGAGCUCUGUGUGUUGGGGACGGUUGGUUCCUUGAGUGCUUCUCACAGGAAUGAAGUCAUACAAACAAUACUAAUGAAGUACCCAUGAGUUUCAUUACAAAAACUCACUCGAAGGCACAAAACGCCUUAUUUUUUUUAUUAAAGCUAUGCAUUUAUCAUAUUGCUUUUAACAGCUCUUAUUAGCUAAAAAAAACUAUUUCAGCAGGAAUUGAAUUGUUUUUAAAUGUAUUUCGGUUUUCUUCAGAAUCACUAAUCAUCAUCAUCUUGCAUCAAGAUUUGCUUCCUCGCUCUGAAUUUGAAACGUUCAGUUGAAUGCAGAGAUGCUUGUUACAUGAAAUGAGCCGUUUUUUAAAUUUUCAAUACUUGAACUGUACUGAACACCAGUGAAUUCUGCAUAACAUCACUUUUCAGUUAUUCACGUUCAAAAUCAAGUUCUCAAAAAAUGCAUGAUGCAGGAUGCAGAUAAAGUCUGUGUGCAACAUAAAUGCAAUCUGAAGGUCUUCCAGACCCAGUCCAUACUGUGACAGUGUUGUAUAAAUGUUGUGAAAUGUAACCUGCAUACAGUAAGUAAUGGACACAUUAAGGGAAACAAAAGUCUCUAGAUUUGUUUCAAGCUAAAUGAUUUGGAUGUCAUUCUCCAGCUGAAUCGGAGUGUACUGAUGCAUUCUGUGUGAGUUCAUGUCUCUUUAUGAAAUAUGUGCACAUCAAUAAGGGAAGCUUAAAUUUGCACACUUUUGUGAGAGUCCAAAGCUCAAGUCACUUUUAAGUGUUUGUAAAUGCACAUUUAUGUCAGUUUCUGUCUUGUGUAUUUUUAAGCAAUUAAAUUUAAAUGAAAUUGUGACCGCUCUGUAUUAGAUAAUAAUGGAUUUUAAAGUACAAAUUGAACCCAGCUCAGUUAAAACCUAUAAAAAUCCAAUAUGGUGUUGGGGUUUUCCUUCAUAACGGCUUCCAUUCAUUUAAAAAGUGCUGAAUGUUUUUUUAAGGACAAUGUCAGUCAACUAUAUUUCAUAUCACAGCC